CUCUGACUGGGUGGUGGGCGUGUCUUAAGCAGUGGGGUUUCAUUCAUAAAUACUUUUAGCUUUAAAAUCCACAUUAAAGUGUUCACAGAAGAGUUCUGCGUUAUUGGCUUUGCCCCUCCACCCCCUGUAUGGACCCGGUCGGUUGUUCAGCCAUGAAGCACUGCCAUCCUGUUGCUCCAGGGCCGGUGGGCCAGCCCUGAGGGGGAUCACUGCUGCUCAGGCUCAGUCGUACUGCUUGGGCUGAGGUGACUGAGGAUGCAGCAAGGGAGCUGAGGAGGAGACUCCUGAGACACAGCCUGACACACACAUCCAGAGCUGCUGCUGCGCACAGCCCUCCAUCAGGGGGGAAUCUCUAGUUGGCCUGGACCAUGAGCAAUGAGUCUACCGUCUGGAACAUCCUACCAGAAAACUCCACACAGAUCCCAUUUGAGGCUGAGGAGCAGCAGGAUGGCUACGUGCUCCUCCUGGUGAUCCUGUCCAUCCUCCUGGUAGGAACGUUGAUCUUCAUCUCUGUCCUCCUCAUAACCUGCCGCAGAGGAGGCCAAUUCUGUGCCAGGGCCAGCGAUGACCCUGAGAAAACCAACACCACCUACGUGGAGGAGUCUCAGCCCACCCAUGAAAUCACCAUCAGGGUGGAUGAGUCCGAAUGCCUGUCAAUGGCCAGCUCUCACAACCAGGAGACCGAGCGCUUCCUCUCCACGGGAACAAUGGGUCGCCGUGUCUCCUUCAAUGAGGCUGCGCUUUUCGAUCAUGGCAAGAAAGCCCAGGAGAAGGGCCGCAGGUAUACUCUGACCGAGGGCGACUUCCACCAUCUGAAGAAUGCCCGGCUCACGCACCUCCACAUCCCUUCCCCAGCCCUCAAGAUAGUCACCAUCCACGAGUGCGAUUCGGCCGAGAACAGCAUCACCAUGACGACUCGCCCUGUUGCUAAGUCGGCACUUUCCAUCUUCCAGCCGAUGCUGUGCCCACUACCACAAACAGCGCUGACGAGCCUGAGUGUCAACCCUAGCUGUGCCCUCCCUGGAGAUGCUCUGAACUCUGUGUUGGACACCAGCUUCAGUGAGAACACUAUCGCUCUUGGCACCAAGGAGCUAAUAACCAGCUCUAUCGAGAUGAUGGGAGCGGGGCCCCGGGGCCGAGGCAGCAGUGUCAGUGUUGGAGAAGGGGCCUCGGUGAGGAGCAUGGGUUCCCCUUUUGCUGCAGGAGGCCAGGGUCCUGUGCUGCAGUUCUUCACUAAACUGCGGCGCCAUGCUAGUCUGGAGGGGGCCAGUCCCUACUUCAAGAUCAAGAAAUGGAAGCUGGACAGCAGCCAGAGGGCCUCGAGUCUGGACACCAGAGGCUCCCCGAAGAGGAGACAUUUCCAGCGUCAGCGAGCAGCCAGUGAGAGCAUGGACCAGGACGACAACGACGCACACCACAUAGACCUCAUCCAGUACAUCGCCCGCACCCAGGACCUCCCCUACUGCCCCAGCCACCCCACCACACGCCUCCUCUCUCCUCCUUCCACCCCACCCCCCUCCCUCGGCAGGGUAGAGGUGGAGGUGAUGGUGGAGGCUAGCUGCAGCCAUGGAGGACCAGGGGUGAUUGGCCUAUCCCCUGAUCCCCAGGACGAAGCACUGUCCCUAUUAAGAAGGGAUGGUGCAGACCCCAUGGACCCCCUAGAUCCCCAGGAACCCCAGUCCCUUUACAAAGACAUCUGGAGCCUUCGCGCAACACUGGAACAAUACGCCGCCUCCGACCACAGCAGCAACAACGACAGAAACUCCGUCUGCAGCGAUGUUGAGAGCGUGUGUUCGCUAGGCGGGCGCACAGAGACAGAGAGACGAGGGAUCCCCAGCUACCCGUCCCAGGAGUUAGGGGAUGAGGCAGAGGGUGGAGAGGACAUUUCAGUGUUCAUUGAUGAGAGGUUGGAGAUGAAGGAGGGAGGAAGGAGGAAACAGGAAAGCACUGAUUCAGAGCGAGGGAGCAGCGAUGGAGAAACAUCGACCCGUAAACUGCUGCAGAUGGACAGCGGCUACACGUCGAUCGAGGCUCCGUGUCGCUGUCCAGAAGAACUGCGACUGUUUGGGAGCGCCAGCAGCAGCCCUAAGGAUAGAACAGCCCACGAGAAAAGGCACCACUUUACCAGCGCAGGUCGAAGUGGCACUAUCGGUGAGAGCUUUGAGUCUCACAUCUUUGAGGAGGAACCCAAGGAUGAGAGCUUGUUGGGUGCCAGUGGAGGAGUUUCCAUAGAAACAGGUGCAAGUUCGCUUAGCUGGUUACCGUACGGUCAGAUGCUCACACCUCGAGAGGCUGCACAGCCUUCGCCUCAACCGCCAAUGCUGAUGCGGCGAGACUACAGCAUAGAUGAGAAGACGGACGCCCUCUUCCACGAGUUCCUCCGUCACGACCCUCAGUUUGACCAGCAGGAGUCGCCGCAGAGGAAGCACCGGUCACGGAUUCACCUCCGCAAGCAGUGGCAGCGGCACAAGCAGUGGAGCGACCCGGGUGUGAGAUACUUCCAGACCUCUUUUGAAAGACAGAGGACCCCGCUACGCAGGGGGGAAAGUGUGAACUACCCUCUGGACACAAGCUACCACAGCACACUCCCCCGCAUCGUCAGCGCUCCUGAUGAGGAGGCCAGCGACGGGACGGGCAGCACACCUGACACGCCAAAGGUUGAGCCUUUGACUGCUGAGAGCGGGGGGGAAAACAAGGAGCAGGGUGUCGUGGAAAGCCGCACCCCCUCUUGUCCACCACCUCGUUAUCCCUCUUUUUCAGAGAAAGAUGGAGGGCAGGUUGAGCAGCACAACCCUCAGGAGGACAGCAAACUCCAUCCCGAGCCCCCGGACGAGCUCUGGCUCCCUCAGGCGCCCGAUUCCUCAGGCCACGGCCCACAGACCAUCACGGCAGAGCUCAUGGACAAACUGACUGCUAACCUGGGCGAGAGGCUGUACACGGGCCUGCGCAGGACCAAGGACACAGCCACUGAAUGUGUGACGGUGACGGCCACACACGCUUCUCCGGACCACAGCCCAGUGUAGCAGGGCUCCAGUCCUCCUCCUCGUCAAUCCUGCUGAAACACCUUUUUCUCUCUGUUUUGAUUUGACUCAGUUAAUGUCAUUGUCAGCUUGAAUGGUGUGAUCCAGCCCCAUAAACACACAAUGGAAAUGUAUGUUUUAAAUCUUCCAUACAGCUGAUCUACUAGAAACACAGCAUGUCUGUCUUCAGAUCUGUCAUCAUUAAGUGUUCAAUGUUGCCCUUUUUCAUUCAUAAACAAUACAAACAGAGCUAACUUAUCAAAACAUCUCAGUUUUAGUAGUAAGUUGUGUUCAUCGUCUCUGUCUCUACUGCUGCCGUCUUGUCUCUGCUCUCCAGUAUUAAUGAGUGAAGCUGAGGGCCAACAUGGCCUCUGUACUUGUUGAUCCACUGUGAAACCAGGUGCUAUUAGAUGAGUAGAAACCUAGAGAUUUGGACGCAACAGCUAGUCCAUGAUCAUGCAUAAGUAGUACGUUUAUCACUAUUCAUGAGCUGAAAAUGACUCCUAAAAACCAUUGAUGAUCAAUCAAGUCAUGUGAGAUGACCUAGUUGAUCACACUAGCUGUUUAGAUCAGUAGGUCCUAUCCAGUGGCGAUCAUAAGAGAAGUCUGAGAUAAUUAAGUAAUUUAUAUUUCUUUUUUACACUGAAUUAUAUUUAUUUUUAUAUUAUUUGGUUUUGUCCUGAGCAAUCAGCAGUUAAGGCCAUUUUUUAAAAAUUCAGUCUUGAAGCCAUGAUAGAUUUCUAGCUGCAUGAAACAUUGAUUUAUUAAAUAUAUUCAACAAGUUUUUGUCCAGCUUUGUCAAACUCUUCCAUGCUUGUGGCCGUGUUUUUUUAAAUUAGCUAGCUUUGUUGGAAGAUGACCUCCCCAUUUUUUAUCCCGCCUACAAAGCUCUGAUUGGUCGAUGGUUUCUCCCAUUGUUUGAAACAGUCCUUAAGUGAUUUUCUUUUGCCUUGAUGUCAGAACUAGACCUAGCUUGAUUUAAGGGGUAUCAAGCCUAAAAGGUUGGGAACCAUUGGUUUAGAAAGAUAAACAGAUACACAUAAUACAGUUAGCAAAGGCAAGGAAAGCUUACAUAAAGCAUCACGUUGUCUUCAUAAGUGUCUGACUUGUGUCUGACUUGUCCUGAUGUUCGGUGUUUUUGACUGAAAAUGCAUCCAAGCUAUGUGACAACUGUGUGUUGUCUUUUUUUAGUGUGUUGAAUAAGUUGUAAUAUAUAUUUUGGUACGUGCAUUGCUGAAAUGACAAUGAUAACUGAGAGUGGCAGGUCUGAAGUGGACAGGUUAGGACUUAACAGACAGCCACUUGCACUCGGGUAUGAUCUUCAUCGUCACAGAUAUGACAUAAAAUUUGAUUCUGACAUGAACAGUUACAUUACAGCUAUUAGACAAGAUGGCUGCCCUCACAGACAUUUGGUGUUUAUUUGUAAGAAAGGCAUGCUUUCUUGUGCAUGGGGCUCACAGAAUGGUCUUCAUUUGUCCACAUCUGACAUUCUUGUUUUCCCCUCCUCUCCCUCUUCUUCUCCUGAGAAAGUUGACAGUGAAGUAGAUGCCUCCCUCGGGGGCCGAGGACUUCACUUCCUGCCGGCUUAUAAAACCAGACCGAACAAAGAUGUUGUUUGUUGUUAGGUUCCCUUGGUUUGUUUUUGCUCUUAUUUGGCUUCCUCUGUGCGAUUAAAACAAACCAUUACUGCCAUUCAAAUGAAAUCCCAACAACAGAUUAUGUUCUGUGGGGAAAGAAUGAUGUGGAAAACCCACUUUUGCUCACAGAUCUCUGUUUUCACAUCCUCAGCAGUAGCAGCAGGUUGAUUCACGCUCAUAAAAUCUCCGUCUCAGAGGGGCUGUUGGGCUUUCCGUUUUCUCCCACGUGCAGGGAGGGGAGCCACUGCAGAAGAUGGUGUUGAAUACUAAUCAAAAUGAGAAGGAUUUCCGCCUUUCAUCCCCUGUCUCCCUUUCCUAGUUGUUUGAGGCUAUCACCAUGCAGUUAAUUGAAAUCAUUGCAUAGAAAAUCAGGGGAGAAAAACAUGAUCCGCCUCUCUUUGUCUGAGUGUGAUGAUGCUCCUUUCCAGCCUGCAUAGAAUAGAUCUAUCUUGGCAGCGUGACAGGAGUCUCCUCUUGUGGCUAAGUGCAGAUGCUGCGUUCCUCAUUAGGAGAGCAGUGACUGAGAUGAAAGGAAGUGAACUCAAAUAAGGAGUAGGCUCCCCUCCGACAACACAUUAUUUCACCACGAAGAACCACAAUGUGCUCAGGCACAAUUUUGUGCAAUCAAAAAUUGUUAUACCAGCGCUAAUCAGCGGAAAGGAAAUGAAAUCCCCCCCCCCUCAGAUAUAAUGGAGCUGAUGCAUCCCUGAUGAUAAUAAUUACUCAGCAGAUUCUGACAGGGCUAGAGAAAGUGGAAAACAGCUUAAUUUCCCACAGAUAUAAAACUAAAAUGUCUUCGAGCUGAGUCAGUACAGCAAACACAACAGUCUAAAGGAAUUUGCCAUACGGGUUGAUUUUCCGUACAUGUGUACAAAGAUCGCUGUGUAUACAAGCACAAUGUCACCAGAACUAGACUAAAUGGAUGUCCUUUAUUAGGUUAGACAGAUGCUGUGUAACUGGAGACACUGUGGUAAAUGGUGUUUGUGUACUAACCAGUAGCCUGUCAAUGCAUUGAUGCUGUGUGUAGGUCUGCAUGAGAGUUAACAUUUUAGUACAAAUCUUCAUGUUUUCUUAGACUUACGGUACGAGAUUUACCUUGACUUACCGCUCAUUUGGUAAAAGGCAGAAGCCGAAACAUUGGUAUGACCUAGAGAUUUUGUACUUUUGAGAGUCAUGCUAGAAUGCUGUAACUGAUGAGAUUUUGUAAGAUUUCUCUCUUGAAAGUAGAAGUAUUUCUGUAUUCCUUGCUUGUUAGUAAAUCGCUUAAUUUCUCAAAGAAAAAAAAGUUGAGCUUUCUUAACAACUUUGCUUUUGUUGAUCCAAAUGUAUUGAGCCUUGAGGGACCAAAUGAUUAAAAAAAAAAGUGUUAUUUUAGGAUUGUUUUCCAAUCUGUGAAUAAAUGAAUGAAGCAAAA